AUGCCACUUGGUUGGUGCCCACUACUUCAUGGAACCAUUGGAAACAACACCGCUGUUGCCAGAGUAUCUAAAGCCCAUGGAGGAUGUCUGGAUCUAAAUGGCUCCACAGCUAUUGAUAGAGUUGGUAAACAUUUCAGAAUAGCAGAGAUCCAAGCUGCAACAAAGAAUUUUGAUGACUCAUUAGUGAUCGGAGUUGGUGGCUUUGGCAAAGUUUACAAGGGUGUACUCGAUGAUGGGACUAUGGCAGCAUUCAAGCGUGCCAAUCCGCAAUCUAAACAAGGCUUGGAAGAAUUUGAGACAGAGAUUGAGAUGCUAUCAAAGCUCAGGCACAAACAUGUGGUUUCCUUGAUUGGGUUUUGCAAGGAAAAGAAUGAGAUGGUUUUGGUGUAUGAGUAUAUGGCAAAUGGGACUAUUGAGAAUCAUCUCUCUGGGAGUUGUCUCCCACCAUUAACAUGGAAACAGAGAUUAGAGAUUUGCAUGGGUGCUGCACUUGGGCUUCACUACCUCCACACAUGGGCAGAGUAUGGAAUAAUCCAUAGGGAUGUUAAGACAUCCAACAUACUAUUGGAUGAGAACUUUGUAGCAAAGCUAGCUGAUUUUGGGUUAUCACAAAAACUUCAUUCAUUAGAUGAUACCCAUAUUAGUUCACGUAUUAUGGGAACCCUAGGAUAUCUUGCUCCAGAAUACGCAAGAUGGUCACAUGUGACUCUAGAGACUGAUGUUUACUCUUUUGGUGUUGUCCUGUUUGAGGUUGUUUGUGGGCGGCAAGCUGUAAAUGAAAGCUUACCAGAAGAGCAGACCUACCUUGCAGGAUUGGCAUUGAGGUGUCAAAGACAGAGAUCACUUGAAACCAUUGUAGACUCACGGCUUGAAGGGAAUUACUGUCCAGAAUCAUUGAAGAAAUUUGGGGAGAUCGCAGAUAAAUGCCUUGCAAAUGAGGUUAAGAACAGACCCACAAUGGGGGAAGUUUUGUGCGAUUUGGAGUAUGUCUUGCAGCUGCAUGAAGCUUGGUUAACAAGCAAUGGUGGGUCAGAUCGUUAG